GAAAAGUGAAAAUGUUUCGCUAGCUGCAUUCAGAAAUUCAGUUGGCGCUGUCAGUUGGCUGCGGGUCCUUGCGCAGGAGGCAGCAGAUAGUCAAAAUGCGAGUUUAGAGACGCGCGCAGUGCUUUCGUUAGUGUAAACAUAGUAAGAAUAAUAAUUUGACGAACACUUGGCAUUCGAUAUGUGAAAUCUCAAUCAAUGUUUCGCUGCAUUUGACAAUUUAAGAAUUUGGUGUUUGAUUCACGUUCGCGUGCUUCAGUCAAGGCUGGCAGAAGGAGACGUUUUUGUUUUUUUGUGUUUGCCAGUUGUGUUUUGUUGUGUGUAUCGCAUGUGCCAGGUCAGUUGAGCGUUCAAGGACUUUUUCGUGCAACAACAACAUCAACAACAACAACAACGACGACGACGACAACGACAUCAACAAUAACAAUAAUAACAAUCAAUGUGCUUCAAGUGUGCAAAAAAGCAAAAAGAAAUGCAAACGAAAACUCUUAGCUGUUAGAGCAUAAUAGAAAGAUAAAUAAAUACAGCAGUCGUCGAGUGCUCGCAGCGAGAUGCAUUUCUGGAUUGAUAAACGCUCGCAGCAAUGCGGCUUUGGGCGCUCACGUGUCGCGGCUUCGCUGUCGCAUGCGGGCGGCGGCCUCAGCUACGGCCAUCCGCCGCGACGCAGCAAGUCCAGCAGCAACAGUGUCAACAACGUGGCUGGCAGCAGCGGCAGCAGUGGCAGCCACAAUCAGGCGCUGGCCUCGGUGCACCGCGGCCCGGCGCCCUACGGAGGCGACUGCCAGUCGUCGGGCGCGGGCACCAGCCGCCAGUCCGCGCAUUAUGCGAGCAGCAACAAUAAUGCACAUGCCAGUGUCCAACAGCAGCAUCAGCAGCUGCUGCACCACAGCAGCAACAAUAACAACAGCAAUGUUGGCAUGGCAACAACAACCACUGCCAGCAACAACAACAAUCCGAGCGGCACCGCCUCAUCGGCGGCUGUGCUAACGGGCAGCGGGACGAUUGUGCCGCUGGUGGCGCAUGGCUCGCAUUAUCAUCAGCACAGCAGCACGCGCUAUCAGCCRAGACCACAGCAUCAUCAUCAGCAACAGUUGCAGCAGCUGCAGCACCAACACCAGCUACAACAGCAACACCAGCAGCAGCAGCAGCAUCACUAUAGCUACAGCUAUCAUCAUCCUCAGUUUGGCAACAUGGCGGUGCCCGUAAGGCAAUAUGACCAACAGCACCAACACCAACACCAGCAUCAGCAGCAGCAACAGCAACAGCAACAUCACCAGCAUCAGCAACAUGCAGGCGUCUACGCGGACGAUGCCUACAGCGCCUACCAUCAUCACCACAGCAGCAGCAGCAACAGCAACAGCUGCAACAACACCAACAACAGUCGAUAUGUAACACCGCGUCGUCACAAUUCCAGCAGCAAUAUGCGCCAUGCCACUGUCACAGCAGCAGCAGCAGCAACAACAACAGCCUCGGUCCCGGCUACAGCCACGCCCAUACCGCCCACGCAAACCCAGACGGGGGUCCAGAGCAACCAGCUGCAGCAGCAGCAUCACGCACUGCUGCAACAUGCCGAUUCGCAGCUGCUGCCCAGUCAUCUGAAGUGCGGCAUGUGCGCCUCGCUGGUGCUGGCCUCGGUGUUCGUGGCCGGGGCAAAGUUCUACUUUGAUCACCAGGGCACUGGCCUGGAGGUGCUUAUAUUUUGCGCAUUCUCGGCCACUUUCUUUCUGGCCGCCUGCAUGGUGUCGCUGUGCCGCAUACCCAAGGGCCUGCUACCCAGCAGCAGCAGCGGCGGCCGCGGCGGCAGCAACAGCCGCAGCGAUGCACGCGCCGUGUGCCACAGCCGUGGCGGCAACGCCACCAGCUGCAUGCUGGAGCUGAAUGAUGUCAGAUAUCUGGAUGAGCGACAGGUGGAGGUAAGUCCGGAAACGGCGGCAGCAGCAGCGUCCGGGCCACCGCCAUAUCAUAUAGCAAUAUUGUUGCCGGAACAGACGCCGACGGCGCUGGGCAAACAGGUGCCACUGGAUGAGUCACCGCCGCCGUCCUAUGAUAAGAUACUCGUUUAGUCUAGAUUUCGGCUUGUUGGGGAUAGCGCUUUGGUUUUCGUUAGGAAUUGAGCGUCAAUUUCAGUUAAGAGCCAACUAUAAACCCAAUCCAACAUACCAAAUACUUUUGCUCAAUAUUUUUCUAAUGAUAACGAUAUCAAGAACAAAUUUAUAUAUACAUAUACACGGCAAAAAUGACAUUUGCAACUAGAUAUACAUAUAUACACAUACAUAUAUAUACAUACACAUAUAUCUAUACAUAUAUAAAUAUGAAGUAAAAUAUAUUUUUAAGCUCCAAUUAAUAUUUUUACACUUUGAACUUUCUAAUCCAAAACACCCUCACACCCACACACACACCCUCGAACCCCAAGAAAUCUCCAGACUCUCUACUAACUAUGUAUCAUUUUUGUUCUGUGAUAUGCUCAAAAGAAAAUCAUACGAAAUAAUCCAUUAGAGACAAAGCAAAGC